AUGUCAAACCUAGGAUCCAAAGCCGUCAAAGGCCUUGCAGCAGGCAUAGGUCUCGUCUCGGAAUCUAUAUCCGCGCACAAGGCAAAGAAGCAGGAACCACGAAAUAUUCCAAACAAAGAAGAGAAAAAACCAACAGGUUCCUCGGAGAGCAGCACGCGCAACCUAAAUGAGCACGACGACGGACAUGUUCUCUCCGAGAGAACCGCGAUAGGCUCCUUAGAAGAGCAAUGGAAGCUCGACGAAGCCCAAGACGAAAUAAGGCGUAGCCCUGGAGACCAAGAAACUCCCCCAAGAUACAGCGAAGCUCAAGAAGCCCUUGACGAAGCAAGUCUGGCUCACCGAUUUGCAUCAGAGUAUCCACCUCCAGCAUACUCGCCGACUGGUGAAACUCACCUACCACAACUCCCUGCACCAAUUCUCUUACCUCAGCGUAGACCCAAGAACCGCAAGCGCGGCUUCAUCCGUGCCUAUGCACCGGACCUUGCUGGCUUUGGCAUCGACCAGCCUAUGUUUUCCGAGUUCCUGGAUACGGCUGAGAAGGCUUGUCAGGGUGCGCGUUGGUUGAAUGCAAUUAACUUGGCAUCGAUUGGAACGAUUUUUAUGCCUACUGCCACGGGAAUUGCGGUUUCUAUUGCCAUUCAAAUUGCUACUGAUGUUGCAAUUGCUGUUGAUGGGGCCCGGAGGUCCAACACAUUCUUCGAUAAGAUGAAUCAAGAAUUCUUCCAGCCUCGUGGUCUCUUCUGUCUGGUUAUGACCUGGAAUCCUGAAUUGCCGGAUGCACCGUCUACUACUUUGGAUUUGAACUCUAUGAUCUUCAAAGCCACAGAUAGAGGGGGUUCAGACAUGAUCGGUCGUCUGCGGCACAAGUUCAAGUCCUCCGAUGGACAAGGCUAUGGCAACUUAUUCCAUGAAGUUGCUCCUCUAGUAUUCCCAGGGCUUGACCAGCUAGCUUCGGACGAAGAUGCAGAAAAGAAGCUAUCAAAGACCAAGAAGAAGAGGGAGUUCGUGAGCAACUACUGGGACAAGCGUGCCCAAGCUGAAUUCGCAACAAGCAAUCCCGACAGCCAUUUGACACAAGGGCCAAAGCCGACAUUUACUUCGCGCUAUGCCGAUCCCAAUCACCCUGCCAGUAGCGGUGACCUGCUUGCCCUGGUGACUGGAGGUCAUUUUUCCACUGAAAAAUUGCAGAGCCUGAGGGGUGUUCGUCCGGGUCUUGGACAUACUCGCAGUUCAUACAGCCAGGAUUCAAACGCCAGUCACGAGUAUUACUUGCAAAGUGAAUCACGGUCUAACCCUCCUGCUCCUUAUGCCCCUUACGGUAGACCUCUGGGGAGAGGUAUCAUUGGGGGGUGGAGGGAAGCUCAAGACUCUCGCUCGCCCAGACAGACAGGGUUUCAUGGCUCGAGUGCACAUGAGGCGGGAGGUGAAGACAGAGUGCUUGAUCGACGAGCCCGUCGUGGUGGCUCCGGGCAAAACAUUGGUCUUCUUACGCCGAUUGCGAAACUGCGGCAGCAGAAGGUUUUAUACUUGGCCAUUGUCAAUAUGCCAUCUGAAGCGGAAAUAGCCCAGGCCCGUGAAGCUUUGGGCCAAUGA